AAGGAAACAGAGAAUGAAAGAAGUAGAUAAUGUUGACAGUAUAAAAGAAGAAUGGGUAUGUGAAUCGGGAUCUCAGAACCCGCCUGUGAGUGAUAAUCAGCAAAGGAAUUGUGACUAUUUUGUGGAUAGCCUUUUUGAGGAAGCUGAGAAGGUUGGAGCCAAAUGCUUCAAACAAGUCAAGGCAGAAAAGAAUCCGGGCGUGGCAGGGAUGGUGGUGAAACCAAGCCUGUGUGAACGGGCGAAUGGGGACUGCUCGUUCUGUAAACCUCCAGCCAGUGAGCAACCUCAAGGGAAAGAAGGAAUGGUCGAUCUAAGUAUAAAAUUAUGGAAAAAUGGAUUCACAGUCAAUGAUGAUUUCAGAAGUUAUUCUGAUGGUGCAAGUCAGCAGUUUCUGAACUCUAUCAAAAAGGGGGAAUUACCUCUGGAAUUACAGGGGGUUUUUGAUAAAGAGGAGGUGGAUGUUAAAGUCGAAGAUAAGAAGCAUGAAGUGUGUACGUCAACGAAGCCCAUGUUCCAGCCCUUCUCAGGGCGGGGUCACCGAUUGGGAAGUGCCACACCAAAAAUUGUUUGCAAAGCAAAGAGCUCUGCAGUGGAGAGUGAAGACGGGGUGUGUGCCGUCCCGUUGAAGCCUCUGGAACCCGUCACCAGCCUGCGGAUCUGGUUGGCCAAUGGGACAAGGAUCGUCCAGAAAUUUAACACUUCUCAAAGGGUAAGCCACGUCAAAGACUUCAUCGAAAAAUCCCAAGGAUCUCAAAGAAGCCGUCCCUUUUCCCUGGCAACAGCGCUUCCCGUCCUCAGGUUGCUGGAUGAAACCCUCACUCUGGAAGAAGCAGGUGUGCACAAUGCCGUCGUCAUCCAGAGACUUCAAAGAACUGCCGAGCCUUUUAGAGGGCUUUCUAGCCCUGGAUUUACAGACAAAGUGGGAGUUUGACAGGAGAGAUAGUUCUCAGCGGGCAUGCCAACCGAAAUGGAGAACAGAAAGGUCAAAUUCCCUGGACUUCUGGUUCAAGUCCUUCUUCCUUCGGAGGAUAUUUUUAAUAAACACAAGUUCAUCAAGGAAAAUA